CGGAUCAGGAACACAUGGUACCCGACCCGACCCAAUAAUAGGAACACCCGACGUUCUGUCCUUCAACAGUUCAUUCAAACUCCAGACAUUUUCCCUCCAAAAAAACCCAACAGAAACAACUACCAUCAUCAAAACCCUCCUCUCAAAUCUCAAUCAAAUCCGAUGGGAACAAUUCACAAAUAAUGAACUCUUUUCGCCUCUUAAAGCCAAAACCCAUCUCCUCUCUCUCCUCAAACACCACAAUUCCCCUCUCUAGACCCCCUCAGACCCCAAUCAACCCCCUCUUAACUCCCAUUAACUCCAUUACCUCCCCCUUUCAACUCCACACCCACCUCCUCAAAUCCGGCCAUCUCUCAAACCCAGCGUCAAUCCACCAGCUCCUCAACCUUUACUCGUGUCACAACCUCCCCCUCUCUGCUCGUAACCUGUUCGAUGAAAUUCCCGGCCCAGAUCACAUUUCUUAUUCCUCCCUCAUCUCCGCCUACACCCGCAACUCCUUACCCCUCGAAGCCCUCAAAACUUUUAUCAAAAUGCGAUUUUCCGACGUCCCUUGCAACCAAUUCACCCUCCCAACCCUCCUCAAGGCCUCAUCCCUCGUGCCCGAUUUCCUUGCUGGAUUGCAAAUCCACGCGGUUGCGAUCGUUACCGGGUUUGAAUCAGAUGUCUUUGUUGCUAAUACUCUUGUUGUGUUUUACGCGAAUUUUGGGGAGUUAUCGGAUUCUUUGAGGUUGUUCAGAGGGAUUGCGGAUAAAAAUGCGGUUUCUUGGAAUGGUUUGCUGUCUGGGUUUGUAAAAAAUGAUCUUUGUAGAGACGCUGUGGAUUUGUUUGUGGAGAUGUUUGGGGAUGGGAUUAGGCCAACAGAGUUUGGGUUCUCGACUGUGAUCAACGCGUGCACUGAGUCGCGUGAUUUGUUCCGAGGGAGAACGGUUCAUGGGUUGCUGAAGCGGGUUGGAUUUGAGUCUGACCCGUUUACUGCCAAUGCAUUGGUUGAUAUGUAUUCGAAACUAGGGGAGAUUGAGGAUGCUUCAUUCGUUUUUGGUGAGAUGGUUUCACGCGAUGUUGUCUCUUGGAAUGCUUUUAUCUCUGGGUGCGUGAUCAAUGGGUGUGAUCGAAAGGCAAUCAGUCUUUUUAUGGAUAUGAGGGUGUCAAGAAUGAUUCCUAAUGUUUUCACAUUGUCAAGCAUUCUCAAGGCUUGUGCUGGUACGGAAAUGCUGGAAUUAGGUCGACAGAUACAUGCUAAUUUGAUCAAGAAUGAGUUUCACUCUGAUGGAUUUGUUGGUAUCGGGCUUGUUGAUAUGUAUGCCAAAUGUGACUGUAGAGAAGAGUCGAAAAAGGCUUUCGAUUUGAUCAAGGAGAAGGAUUUGGUAGCAUGGAAUGCUCUAAUCUCAGGGUUUUCACACUGUGGAAGUGAUGAAGAGGCUCUCGAACUCUUUUCAGAGAUGAGGAAGGAAGGAUUGAGCUUUAACCGAACUACUCUGACCGCAGUUCUCAAAUCUGCAGCUAACUUGCAUGCUCUCUCUAUGAGCAAUCAGAUUCACUCUCUCGCAAUAAAAUGCAGGCUUUUAUCGGAUUCUCAUGUAGUUAACGGGCUCAUCGACGCAUAUGGGAAGAGUAAUUGUAUAGAAGAAGCCGGCAAGAUUUUCGACGAAUGCCCAGUUGGGGAUGUGUUCUCUUUCACGUCUCUGAUCACAGCACAAUCUCAAAGCGGGCAAGGAGAAGAAUCAAUAAAACUAUACUGUCAAAUGCUCGAAAAAAAUCUGAAUCCAGACUCAUUCGUCUUGAGUAGCAUUCUCAAUGCCUGCGCAAGCCUCUCAGCCUACGAGCAAGGGAAACAAGUCCAUGUUCACAUUGUCAAAUUAGGCUUCAUAUCCGACAUCUUCGCUGGAAACGCCUUAGUUAAUAUGUAUGCCAAAUGUGGGAGCAUUGAAGAUGCAGGCUUAGCCUUCGAAGAGAUCCCUGAGCGAGGGACUGUCUCAUGGUCUGCUAUGAUCGGAGGACUAGCACAACAUGGGCAUGGGAAGGAGGCGUUGAACUUAUUCGAUCUUAUGCUAAAAAACCAAAUCUCUCCGAACCACAUCACACUGACUAGCGUUCUUUGUGCUUGCAAUCACGCUGGUCUGAUCAAUGAGGCAGAAAAAUUCUUCAAUUCGAUAGAAGUGAUAUUCGGGGUAUCACGCACUCAGGAGCAUUACGCGUGCAUGAUCGACAUUUAUGGGCGAUCUGGUCGCCUGAAAUCAGCAACAGAACUACUUCACAGUAUGCCCUUCGAGCCCAGUGCAGCAGUAUGGGGAGCUCUCCUCAAUGCCGCAAGAGUCCAUGGAGACAUAGAACUAGGCAAAAAAGCUGCUGAAAUGCUCUUCGUUCUCGAACCUGAGAAAUCGGGCACACACAUUCUCCUGGCAAACACCUACGCGUCCGUAGGACAAUGGAAAUACGCGUCAGAAGUCAGGCGAUCGAUGAAGGAGGGCAAAGUGAAGAAGGAGCCAGGGAUGAGUUGGGUUGAGCUCAAAGACAGAGUUCACACAUUCAUUGUAGGAGAUAGGAGUCAUGAGAGGAGUGAGGAGAUUUAUAAAAAGUUGAAGGAGUUAGAGGAGGGCAUAAAGAAACUCGGGUAUGUGCCGAUGUUGGAGGUUGAUCUCCAUGAUGUUGAGAGAGGAGAGAAGGAGGUGUUGCUGUCGAUGCACAGCGAGAGGCUCGCAGUAGCGUUUGCGCUGAUAAGUUUGCCGGAGGGGGCGACGGUGAGGGUGAAGAAGAACCUGAGGGUUUGCAGGGAUUGUCACAAUGCGCUCAAGUUGAUGGCUAAGGUUGUGCAGAGGGAGAUUGUGGUUAGAGAUACAAAUAGGUUUCAUCAUUUUAGAGAUGGGUCGUGUUCUUGUGGGGAUUAUUGGUGAGUUUUCAAGUUGGCGGGAAUUGGAUUUUGAAUUGGUCUAAUUGCAGAUGGGCCCCCCGUAGUUCUAUUGUUGUAGACUGACCCCUUAGUGAAUCUUUUGUUUGGCUCUUUUACAUGAGGUCUAUUUAUCGGGAAAAAAAAUAAAUUUCUCUUUCUCUGAGGGCAAAAUAAUCAAAAGAUUUUCACUCAGGGGUCUAUCUGGAACAAUAGAACUGAGGGGGAGGGGGGGUCUAUCUGCAAUUAGGCGAUAGUACAAGGGACUAACCACAGUUAACCCUUGUUGAAGUUGGACGUUAGGGGUGAAACGGAGCUCCAUUAUCCGAUAACCCGAUCGGAUCGACCUGAAUCCGAAUACGAAAAGUUACUGAAUUUAGACAAGGAAUUACUGUAAAUUUAUAAUAAAGAACAUGAAACUGAAUCUUGUCGCUCUUAUUUGAGAUAAGAUAAUUGCAAGC